GUAUGGUUUAAAAAUGAUAAAAUGAUGCGGAACACAGACAAUAUUAAAAUUAAAAUCGAUGAUCGGGAAUUCAAAACAUCAUUAGUCAUAAAAGAAGCUACUCAUGAAGAUUCUGCUACAUACAUUUGCAAAGCUACGAGUGAUAUAGGUUUAGCUACAACUAAAGCCCAAUUACAAGUGACAGAUGCUACAGGAGAACGACCAACAUUAAUUGAAGAUGAAAAAGAAAAAGUGUCCGAAAAAGUGCCCAAAAAGAAAAAACCAGAAUUGAAAAAGUCUAAGGAAGUUCGAGAAAAAAUAAAAAUGGAACAAGCAAAAAAACAGACGGAUAAAAAAACUGUUACUAAAGAGGAAUUAGUCUUGAAAGAUACAUCACAAGAAAUGGAAGCUAUACAUGUUCAAGAUACUCAGUUAUUGGAAACUGUAGAAUUGGUAGAAGAGGAAGCUACGAAGCUAUCGAGAGGCCAGAUGGUAGUUCCAACGCAUGAAGCGAUAACAGUAGAAGUGACAUCAAGUAUGAAAAAAACUGAUCAUGAACCACAAGACCUAACUCGGGAUCAGGCCCAAGUAACAUCUGAAACAUUAGAAUCUGUAUCGGAAAUUUAUACAGAAACUGAUUUGCGGGAAACUAGAAAGAAAAAGAAAAAGCCUGAAAAAAUAAAAGUAACUCAAAAAGAACUUUUGAGUAAAGUCGACGUAAGACUAAUUAUAGAAGGACAACAGGAGAGUAUUGCUCAGGAAGUGGAAGAAAUCAUGGAACUAUUUCAUGCAUCGGAAUUUGGACCAGCAGAACAACCUCUUCGUGAAUUAGCAACUAUUGGCUACUUAGUACGGCAAGGAGUUACAGUCCACGAAAUUAAUGAAAGCUUAUACAAAACGGACAAGUUUCCAGCAUUGAAAACUCCAGACGCACAAAAUGCUUUGGUGCAACUAGUUGAAAGACAAGGUCACGGACCAUUAAUUACUCAAGUUCUUACCGAAGAAACGACCACAGAUGAAAGUAUUGUUGCUGCAACAGUUGGAUUCAGAGCUUUUAUGAAAAUGGUAGAACUACAACAUGCGACUGUUGAAGAAGUCAUAACACAUUUUAAACCAGAAGAUUUCCGACCACGUGCAUGGGAAGUCGCAGAAGCAAUAGAGUACUACUUUUUAAACUGA